CGACGAUUGACAGCGGUGCCAGCGGUGGUUUUCAGUUUUCAGGUUCAGUCGCCGCCAUCGUCGCGCCAAUCACGGUGAGGACACUGAGGACAUUGUUUUGGUGUCUGCCGUGUCUGGUUGUCGCGGUGCGAGGUGCGACGUGUUGUGACAGACGUGAUCGUCGCGGCUCCGUAGAGCAUCGUCGUCGUCGUCGUUAUCGUCGCCGCAACAGAGAUACACGGGCGUGCAACAAUGGCGACAAUGGGCAAGGGAUUUCGCGUCUACGAGAAGCUAGACUCACCCAAGCCGCACUCGGUCAUCCUCGAGCAGCGGGGUCGCAAGGAGACGCUGCUCUUCGAAUCUCAAGCAAUCGCGGUCCUUUCCGCUGAGGAAUACGAAUUCCUAAAGCCGAAGUAUACCAAACUGCUGGAUGCGUACGGAUGCCUAGGUGUUCUGCAGCUGAAUGCAGGCGAGAACACUCUGCUGUACCUUGUUCUGGUUACCGGAUGCUUUUCUGUUGGAAAGAUCGGCGACGCUGAGGUCUUCCGAAUAACACAGUCGAGUUUCUUGCCUCUGUUCUACAGCCAAGGGACGGAAGAUCGGGUGUCCGAGGUCAGGAAGGUCCUGAACUCCGGAACGUUUUAUUUCUCUUGGUCUGCCGGACAGGAGUCGCUCGAUAUCACCCUAAGCGCUCAGAGAAGAUGCAAAUCGACGACUACGGAUAAUAGGUUCUUCUGGAAUCGGAUGUUACACAUUCAUCUAUUAAGAUAUGGAGUGGACACGAGUCAAUGGUUAUUAAAAGCAAUGUGCGGCAGCGUAGAGAUUAGAACUGUCUAUGUUGGACACAGACAAGCUCGAGCAGUGCUUAUGUCGAGAUUAAGUUGCGAACGUGCUGGCACUAGAUUCAAUGUUAGAGGAACCAAUGAUGACGGACACGUGGCGAAUUUCGUGGAAACAGAACAGGUGAUCUACAUAGACAACGAAGUGACGUCCUACGUUCAGACGAGGGGUUCGGUACCGCUGUUUUGGGAGCAACCCGGUAUACAAGUUGGUUCCCACAAAGUGAAGAUUUCACGCGGCUUCGAGACGUCUGCGCCCGCCUUUAACAGGCAUUUGGAUAUGAUCAAGAAGCGAUACGGCCAACAAAUCAUCGUCAACCUUCUUGGCUCUAGUCUGAUCGGCAGCAAAGAAGGGGAAGCGAUGUUGAGUCAACUGUUUCAAACUCAUCAUAAUAUGUCGGAACACAAGGAUGUGCCGCACAUCCUGUUCGAUUAUCAUCAAGAGUGUCGCGGUGGAAACAUGAAAAAUCUGUCGAAGCUGAAAGCAAAGGUCGAAAAGUACCUGGAGUCGUUCUCGCUAUUCUACGCGGCCGGCAAUACCGUGAUUCUUGAGCAGAACGGCACCAUCAGGACAAACUGUUUGGAUUGUUUGGACCGAACCAACUGCGUACAAACGUUCUUCGCGCUCGAGAUGCUGGGCAAACAAAUGGGUCUGUUAAAGCUGAUGGAGAAGCAGCAAAUGGUCUCGAGAUUUGAGGAAGUGUUUCGUCAGAUGUGGAUCAACAACGGCAACGAGGUCAGCAAGAUAUACGCGGGGACUGGCGCCAUCCAGGGCAGUUCUAAGCUGAUGGACGGCGCGAGAUCGGCAGCUAGAACGAUACAGAAUAAUUUACUGGACUCCAACAAGCAGGAGGCGAUCGAUAUCCUAUUGUUGGGCUCAACAUUAAAUACAGAAUUAGCUGACAGAGCACGUUUAUUGUUGCCAACCAACAUGUUACACGCUGCUCCGAAUCUCUUGCGGGAGAUGUGCAAGCGUUAUAACGAAUACGUGGAUACGAUGAAUCUCAGGGUGAGCAUCGGUACUUACAACGUUAAUGGAGGCAAGCAUUUUAGAAGCGUAGUUUAUAAGGAUGUAUCCCUAUCAGACUGGUUGUUUGAUGGACCAAACAAAUCUUCGUCCUUGGUAUCCCUACAGCAGCAUGACAAUGUUCCUGUAGAUAUAUUCGCGAUAGGAUUCGAGGAGAUCGUCGACUUAAACGCCAGUAAUAUCAUGGCCGCCAGCUCGGACAACGCCAAGGCUUGGGCCGAAGAGCUGCAGAAGGUGUUGUGCAAGGAUACGGAAUACGUCCUCGUGACAUAUCAGCAGCUGGUCGGUGUCUGUCUAUAUCUGUUUAUACGACCCGUGCACGCGCCGUAUCUGCGAGACGUGGCGGUGGACUGCGUGAAAACGGGAUUGGGAGGCGCCACCGGGAACAAAGGCGCCGCGGCGAUCAGAUGCGUAUUGUACUCCACGUCCUUCUGCUUCGUGUGCGCGCACUUCGCCGCCGGUCAGUCCCAGGUGAACGAACGUAACGCCGACUAUGCCGAGAUCACGAGGAAGAUAACGUUUCCUAUGGGUAGAACCCUGAACACUCAUGAUUACGUGUUUUGGUGCGGUGACUUCAACUACAGAGUCGAUAUGGAUAAGGAUGACAUGAAGGAAUUGAUCAAGCAAAACGAAUUUGACCAGAUACUGCAAUACGAUCAAUUGAGGGUUCAACAAGAACAGGGCAACGUCUUUAAGAACUUCCAGGAAGGACCCAUUACUUUCGCUCCUACAUAUAAAUAUGAUCUGUUCUCGGAAGAUUACGACACCAGCGAAAAGUGUCGUGCGCCCGCAUGGACGGACAGAGUUCUGUGGAAGCGCAGAAAGCAAAUACCUGAUAUUGACUCACCCACAGAUUGGAAUCCAGGAAAGCUCGUUUAUUACGGCCGGGCGGAAUUGAAGCAGAGCGAUCAUCGACCGGUACUCGCGACGAUUGACAUAGACGUACACUGUGUCGAUCCCGAGAAGCGCGAGCGCGUGUUCAAGGAAGUGAUACAGGAUCUGGGUCCACCUGACGGCACGAUAAUAGUCAAGGCGGUGGAGGACGUCGAAGAUAUGGACAGCGUAUUCGAUAAUAAUCUCAUGUUCGCGCUGAUACAGGAUCUAUCCCACAUCGGCGAAGCGAUUUUGGUACGUUACGUCGGCGAGACUAUCUGGGUGACAUUCAGGGAUGGGCAGUGCGCCCUGGCCGCGGCGAAGAAGGGCAUGACGCAGGUGUGCGGCCAGACGUUGAAACUGUCGCUGAAAUCGCCUGACUGGGUAGAGUUGAUCGAGAAGGAGAUCGAGAUCUGCAGCAACACCACGGUGGCUCAGUUCACGGCGGAUUCGCCAUUGCGAAGUCCCAUGCAACGAUUGGAACAGUUGGAGAUCGCCGAGCGGCCGUCGCCCAGCAGAGGCAGCCCGAACGGCGUGAUUCCACCCCCGAGACCGGCCCCACCAGGCCGACCUUCUCAGCCACCAAAGAGUCCCGCUCACGAGCGAAAGCAGGUACCGCGAGCUGGUGUCUUCAGCGUGAUCCCCAACCAGUUUUCGCGUCCGGAGACGCCCCCGGUUGCGGAUGCAGUAGAAGAGGAUGAUCGGCAAGACGAGAGACUGUCGCCGGACUCGGCCAUCUACGAGGAGAUACCUGACGGAUCGCCCAGCUAUCCUGUACCAAAUCGACCGCCGCCGCCGUUACCGCGUAUGGACGGUGCUCAGGAACCAUCGAGCAGACCACCGCCCAACUCGGUACCUCCUCCGUUGCCGCAUAGACAAGCCCCGCCGCCUCCGCAGCACCCACCGCCGAGCCUACCCCCGACAAACGUUCCACCACCCGUUCCGGCGAGAACCACCGGCGGGCCGCCCAUUCCGGCCAGGAAUCCUCACUAAGAAAGGGACGCAAAAUAGAUAGGACGCAUAAAUGGGACGUAUAUCCUGUUAGGCCAGACUUCCGGUACGUUUAGCAUUAAUCUUAGUACGUGUAAUUAUUUAUGAGAUUAAACGGACGAAGCGACAGUAGUCGACGAGUCUUCACUUCCAAACUGAGUUCCAGGUCUGCGUAGAAUAGUUAGGAUUCUCGAUUUCCCGAUCUGUGAUUACUCUGAGAGUGAUCGGUAGUCAUCACGAGUCGGAGAUAAUCGCAAAUUAUUUUCGAUCUCCGAUCGCGCGAGCGUAAUUAAUUGUAGAUUUAUACUCGUAGAUAGUUCUUGAGCUUAUCGGACACCAUAUUUUGUGUUUCCAUGUUGGUGAUGAUAUAAUCAUGUUGAUAUCUGUUCUUGCGAUGUCGCGCGGGAAAUUGUUUUCGCUCCGAAUGUUUAAAAUGGCGCAAAUGGCUAUAUUGUUUCGAAAAUCCAAUUUAUAAAUUGUUGGUGUGUGACACAGAUUUAAAAUGUAUAUUCAGAACCCGUUGAAAUCGUUGUAAAAUUGGAUAUAUCAUGGACACGUGUUAAUGUAAUCAUCAGAGUUUAAACGGCGAAAUACUUGCGGUAAUAAUGUUAUAGUUGUCACUGCUUAUAUAUUGUAUAUUAAUAACUUAAGAUGUAACUCUCAAUGUUAGAAUCACUUCUUGAGGUUUAGGAAUCUUCACGGUAUCUUCGUAGAGCGUAAAACUACCAAAAAUACAAAUACGAUAAGACUCCGAGAAGCGAACUUAAUUUUACAACCAAUCGUGUGUAUAGCAUGACGCGGCGGAAGGAAAAGGGUAGACUCAAACACAACAGUAUUCUCACGGAUGCAAAAUAAGAUAUUUCUUAUAAUUGCCCUGAAUUUCCCCCUUGCACGCGGUGCCGAAGGCGGCUAAUUCAGUUAAUUUAAGGUCAUCCUAUAAUUAUGUUACGUUUUACUCUCUCUCUCCCUCUCUCUCCCCCUCUCCCUCCCUCCCUCCCCCUCUCUCUCUCUCUCUCUCUCUCUCUCUCUCUCUCUUAUUUUAAAAGUUCCUAUAUUUUACAUUCCAUCAAAAUUUCUAGAACGUCCGUCCCAAUGGGUCCAACGCCCACCUGUAUUUAUUUCCUAAGUCUUCUUUAUUUUUAUUCUCCCGGGGUCACAGUACCACGUUUCCUAUUGUGCGUGAUACGGAUGGUCUGUGAUUUCGACCGUCACGUUAUUUACGGAAUGAACAACGAAUGUGAAUGGAAAAUAAAGUUGUCAUUGGCACACAAGCGUCAUAAUUCACAAGAAAAUAUGUAUGAUAUGGCAGAGUCAAAAUGUUAAUUUAUAGGUGUUUUCCAGCAAGAUAUCAGAUUGCUCGUUACAUUGUAAAAAUCUAAAUACAAGCAUAUAGAAUGAUCUCAAUGUUACGAACAUUUCAAGAAAUUUUAUGUUUAACAUCAUAGACGUAUAUAAUAGACUGAGCAUUUAUAUACGUUUAUGACUUAACAUGCGAUAACUGUGCUCGGUUUCAAUAUAAAUCUACAAUUUGAAAUUUUUCUUUAAAUUUCCUCAAAUUUUCUUUUUCGUUUCUUACUAAAAAAUAAAAAUACUCAAGAUAAAAUAAUGUUUGUACUAACAAGUGUUUUAUUAUACUGCGGUUUUUAUUAACACAUAAAUGACCAAUAAGAGUAAAGAUCUGUAAGCUGUGGCGAUAUUUUCAGAAACUAAGCCAACUGCCAACUUUCAACAAAUACCGCACAUGACGCAAUGCGAUGUGCUGCCCUUGCUGGGAAAUACCCAUUAUAAAUUGUACAUAUUCCUGUUUAAUUUUCAUCACUUCCAGCUCACUACUUAUGUAAAGGUGGCUCUAAUCGCGGGGAAGUGGACGUAUACAUACGUGUAAAUUAAUAUAAAGAUGGUGUAGUAAGUGUAAGAAGAAAUUGUUUCCGACGCUUAUAUUACAUAUACAGUACGGGUUUUGUCUCCUGCACCUCGGUAACGCGUACUUUUUCACGCUUGAGUGCGUAGUUUAUGCGUUUGAUCAAUUAGAUCGAUCCUUACCUGUACAAGAUGUAAAACAUUGGACAUGUAUAUAUAUAUUAUGUAUUGAGUGGUCUAAUAAAGAGAUCAGUCGGGGAACGGAGAAAGCGACGGCUCUUAAAAAAGAAGAGAUUUCAUUUAUUGAUCUAAACUGUAUAAAGAGAUUUGAUUUCGA